AUGGCAAAGACAACUUGUGCAAAAGCUCUCUAAAAUUGGGAGCAAGAUCAUCCAGGUGAACAACCAUCUGAAGCAGAAGAUAUUAGAUUAAUAUUUUAAAAUCCUCCACUUGACAAAUUGGAUCCACCAGUUUUAAAUACUUUAGCUAAGGUUAAACGGCUAUCCCUUUCUUCAAAUGCUAUAGAGAAGAUGGUCAAUCUUCCUGGCUUAAGGCAGAUUGAAAUCCUAUCGUUAUCGAGAAAUAAUAUAAAGAAGAUAGCUGGAUUAGAAGAAAUAGGAUAAACAUUAAAAGAACUAUGGUUGAGUUACAAUUACAUAGAAAGGCUUGAUGGUCUAUAACCAUGUGUUAAAUUGCAUACACUCUAUAUUGGUAAUAAUAGAAUCAAAAUUUGGGAUGAAGUUGAUAAAUUGAAAGACCUUCCCGAAAUUGCCAAUGUUCUUUUUGUAGGAAAUCCUAUUUAUGAAAACUAGAAAGACGAUCCUAAAUUGCUUGUUCUCAAAAGAAUAACCACUUUAAAAAAUGUGGAUGGUACUGUUGUUGAUGACUCAUUAAUGGAAAAGGUUAAAGCUUUGGGAGAUGGAGUUCCUACAACCACUGUCAAAUGA